GAUGGAACGAAAAGGAAUUUCGAGGCAGCCGAUGGAGAUUUGAUGCCAAAGGAUUCCACUUCUUCGGGGCCUUCUUGUUUAAGUGCGGGCUCUGCAGCUCAUCUUUGCCAUCCCUCCCUAGUAUCAUCAAUCUCAAGGCUGAAUACGGCCUUUCCCAAGGCAGGCAAUGUUACAGACUCUUCAAAGGUCUUUGUAGUCGACACAGAGCAAGAGGGUGCUGCAUCACUUUCCAGCGGAGGUUCUUACUAGCGAGGACUUUGGAGUCGAAGAAGCCAGGCUCGAAAUUUAAUUCAGCUUCAGAGGUUGACUGGUUACCAUGGCGUCGGAACUUGGAUAUACUGCGAUCCCUUAAGCAAUCGACUGAUUGAGCUCGCAUCGCUCUGCCUACGGACCGUCAUUGCGCUUGCCAGUCUCCACUUUAAUUGUUCGAAAAAUUUAUGAUGACACUUCUCUGUUAUUAGAUUGUCAGCGAAGCUCAGCCGCACCUAAUCCUUUCUUUGGCUUCAAUUUGUUACCUGACAUCAUGGGGCGCUCCCUUUGAGGACGGUUUACCAAAACCUAGCUGCGGAUCGAAGAGUCUUUUCACAGCAGGGAUAUCCCAAGUCACACAAGAAAAGCGCUCGCUAGAUACAUUGCCGAUCAAUGAAUUAGAGAAAUAGUCCAAUGGGGACCUGGUAACUAGUUCUGGACAGGGAUUUUUUACGAAAUUUGUGGAGGUUUCAAUUCUACAGGGCGACCAAUUAAUUGACCUCCGUUUUCCUCGUCACCUCUAUCCAUACUUUACAUUGGCAAAAACAUUAGAAGAAAUAAUACAUUAGUGGUGUUGCCGUUUUCUGGAAAUCUACAUAGAUGAUGAAGGUAGUCGCCUUCUUUCAAGCGCUAGGAAUUACCCUACAGCUUUUACAACUCGUUUUUAGGGGUUGUUUCUUGAUACUUUCGACCUGGUUAACGUGAUUUCUGUCGGUACUUUGUAUUGAACCCGGCAGCU